CAAACCCUGCCUCUUCCUUUCUGGACAAGAAUCGCCGGCCAACAUGGCUCCGAUUAAGAAGCAGGUCGUCAAAAAGACCAAGACGGGUGGCAAGAAGAAGAAGCAGGCCCUGAAGUUCACCCUGGACUGCACUCACCCAGUGGAGGAUGGCAUCAUGGAUGCUGCCAACUUUGAACAGUUCCUGCAGGAGCGCAUCAAGGUCAACGGUAAAGCUGGGAACCUGGGUGGUGGCGUGGUGUCCAUUGAAAGGAGCAAGAGCAAAAUCUCUGUGAAUUCUGAGGUGCCAUUCUCCAAAAGGUACUUGAAAUACCUGACCAAGAAGUACCUGAAGAAGAACAAUCUGAGGGACUGGCUGCGUGUGGUGGCCAACACCAAGGAGAGUUAUGAACUGCGAUACUUCCAGAUCAACCAGGAUGAGGAAGAGGAGGAGGACGAAGACUAAAUCCAUGCUUGCUUUUGUCAAUAAAAUGUCUAAAGAACAAAA